UUGCAAACGGAAGUCAUGACGUAUACGUAGGGAGCAUCUCAUUUUGCCCAGCCAAGUCCAUUUGUAUCCAAAACAUGUUCCGACUCAAUCUGGCUCUGGCAGGCCUGCUCGCCGCACUAGGCCGGACAAGUGCGCUGAGUUAUCUCCCGCCGCACAUGGUGACCCCGCGCAGACACGGAGACACGUUCUCUCCCAGACAAUUCAUUCUUCUGGCCCCCGUUAGACUUAACCGGCUCCUAACGGCCACCCAUCCCUCGCCAUGGUACCAGCCAUGAGGUAGACCGGUGUGCUUCUGAUUCUCACUGCUGUAGCCACUCUUGGGAUAACAAAUUUGCGCUAUCUCCACAAGGGGGAGGCUGCCGAUGACCAACCCCGUGCACUCGGCAAGACUCUCAAGCAUCCUCCGGGCCGGCCAACCACGGUGCAGCUAGGUAAUGUCGUUAGUGUGUAAUAAGGACGGGGAGUGUUCAUUAUUGGACAUACACACCACAGCGGCAGGGGCCCAGUAUCAAUGCUAUGCACAUCUGACACGUGUGACGAAGCCCUACACAAAGGAUUCCCAGUGUCUGUGGUUUUCGGGAGGGAGCGUUGUAGGCAGACUACAAGUCCGUGUUCACUUAAAUCAUCAUAAAUGCUACCUCUGGGGAUUGUAACAUCGCUGCUGUUAAUUUCAGCUCAGGAACGGAAGGAGUUUUAUCUGGGAUAAUCCUGCAGCUGCCACCUUUAAAGGGACCAAAGUGUGGCCGCCCGCUGCUCUGACGCCGUCUCUUCGAAACUGGUGGAAUAGUGGGACAAAUCAAUGCCGGGGUAACAUACGUGUGUGUGUCCGCAUAGACGUGCCAUUCAUGCCGCAUUAUCAUCAUCCCGGGUCUCCGGGGGCGGCUGUUGUGGGGUUAAGUUUUAAAUGUGAGGAGAUGGCUGCCCAGUAGCAGAGGUUCAUUACGACGCGAGGAUGGAGAUAUGGGACCUCCAUGUAAUCUAGCUUCGGGGAACAUGUGAUGAGUAAUAAAACGCGUGCUGCACGGGGAGAUUGACUGCACUUUGGGGUAUUUGCAUAGAAAUUAACAUUUCUGGCAGAAGUGAGGGAGAUACGGCGAGUAACCAUGGGGAACGAUGCGGCUGCAUUCGCUUGGGUCGUCCUCCUGGCCGGGGUUUUGCUAUCCGAAGGUUGCCCGCGGAAAUGUACGUGCCCGACACAGUACCUCGCCGUGUACUGCGAGGACACGGGAUUGACUGCCGUUCCGGACGGCAUUCCGAGCAACACGCGACUAUUGAGUCUUCACAAUAACAACAUUACCGUGAUCAUGAAGGACCAGUUUAAACACUUGGUGGAUUUGGAGACCUUGCAAAUGAGCCAGAACAAGAUUAGCGACAUUGAAGUCGGGGCCUUUACCGGGUUAGAUGCUCUUAAGACACUCGAGUUGUACUACAACAAGCUGGAGAAAGUGCCAAGCACAGCGUUUGCAUACCUGCCCAAUCUACGCGAGCUGUGGUUGCGUGGAAAUCCGAUCAAGAGGAUAAAUUCUUGGGCCUUUGUUCACGUGCCAACGCUGACGUACCUGGAUAUAGGGGAGCUGAAGGACCUGGAAUUUAUCUCCGACAACGCAUUUCUUGGUUUAACCAAGCUGCGGUAUUUAAACAUGGGUGUGACCAAUCUCAAGAAGAUGCCUGGAAUUAGGCACCUGACCAACUUGGAGGAGUUGGAUUUGUCUGGGAACCCCAUUGCCGUCAUUGAAGCUGAUCAUUUCCAAAGUCUUCGAAAUCUUCGCAAGUUAUGGCUCACUUAUAUGCAGAUCAACACGGUAGAAAUGAACGCACUGGACGAGCUGGUGAGUCUAUAUGAGCUGAACCUAUCUUACAACAACCUCACAAUGCUACCUUACAAUUUGUUUUCACCUCUGCCCAACCUGCAGAAAGUCUUUCUUCAUCACAACCCUUGGAGGUGCCACUGUGAGAUUUUGUGGCUGAGUCAGUGGUUGAGAGACAACAUUCCAUCCAACCGUUCCUGCAACCCGUGCGCGCAGUGCGCAUUUCCCGACGAAUUGCGAGGAACGUACAUCGGCGACGUCUACGAUUCAAACUUCACGUGCGCCGUUCCGAUCAUCGAGACCCCGUCAGGGAAUAUCAACAUCACGGAGGGGAGUAACGCAGAGUUGCGCUGCACUUCUGGUCGGGAAACUGCCAUCUCUUGGAUAACGCCCAAUGGUACCACUGUUACCCAUGGAUCGUACAAGGUUAAGGUGAAAGUUCUCAGCGACGGGACUCUCAACAUUUCCAGUGUGACUGUCAGUGAUUCUGGCAAGUAUAUCUGUGUCGCUGAAAACCCUGUGGGGAAUGCUACGAUAAGUGUUGUGCUGACUGUCAACGGUACUGGGAAUAUAUCCUUCACUGUGACAAACAAAACCAUGCCUCUUACAGAGAGUUCCUUCAACAUGCCUACGGAUUCGGCCAAACCGAAAUCUCCGCAGUCUACGCCACCGAUCAAAAACGAACCUGACCCAGAACCAGGGACUAACGGGAUUCCAAAGGUAGACGAUGUCAUUGUUACCACCAAAAUCAUCAUUGGCUGCUUUGGUGCCAUAACGUUAGCAGCCAUAUGCUUACUCAUUGUAUACUACAGGAUGCAGAGGAAAAAGAAAAAGAAACCGAAGCCGCAGAAUCGGUCGUAUUAUAAAACAGUAGAUCUAGUCAAUAUAGAUGAGCUAUGUCCAGACAGCCCAAACUCGAUGGGAAAGUCUAUCAAUACUACUUCCAACUCGUUGAACACUCACACAUCUUUGUCUAUGAACAACAUGAGCACCUUUACAUCUUUGCACACACUUCCUCACGAGAACUCGUCUCAGACGCUUCCACGAGACGGAACCAUGCACUCUAUAACAAAAGAUGGACUACUCCAUAAUCUGUCGGACAAGGCCAUCUCCACGUACAACACUUAUGCCACUCUGCCAAGGGAUCCUACCACAGAGAGUAUAACAGAAACACAGUUGUAGUAGUUACUCACAAGUGUUAAGUCAUAGCAUUAGUUGGCUGCGACCAGCAGUUACUUCUGUAUAUAAUGUAUGUAUCUUGUUCAAUGUAUUUUUGUGUCUAACGCAGCAACUUAACUGUGGCACCCUCCCUAACGUUUCCUUAGACUGUUCGAAUGUGGUGUGCAAAGUUGCUGGUUAAAGAAUUCAAUUUCAAUGAAAUUGCCCCCUUUGCCAAUGAUUCACGGGCUACUUAUACAAGGGCAGGAAAAAAAGACUGUCUUUUCAGAGCAGUGCAGUCAAAAUAUUGUCCAGUGCUAAUUGUAGGAAUAUUGUCCAGGUAAUAUAUACGGUUGCUUUGAUGGACAUCGAAGUGCGGUGCAUGUUUGUUAUUGAGUUCUAAGAGGAAUAAUGUGUCAAAUGUUGACAGAUGAAAUAAUUUCAUUUUUUUGUGACUGCUUACCAACCCUACUACCUAACACAGUGUGUGUCUCAACCACUUACCAUUGCCAAACCUAUUGCCAAGUCAUAGUAAGAAAGAGGCAGUAUCGAGUCACAUGUAAAUGUAUAAGAGUUUAUACAUGAGUAAUGUAUCUGAAAAAAAUGCUUAACGCCAACGAUUCUGCCUUUUUUUGACAACUGAAGGAUUAAUGUGUCAACGUGUAGAAAACAAGCAUACAAAACAGAGGAUCAUAUUUUGAUAUUUCCAACAUAUAGAUACAUGUAAGUCAGACAAGGAUGCCACGAUACCUGUGGUAAGAGUGGCUGUACAAAAAAACCUGUAUAGAUAAAAUGUCUUGCAUCAAGUGAACUGGUAAUAUAUUGUUCAGACAUGUA